CCUCGGUGGAGGGAGGAGGGUGGGUGGGGAUGGGGAUGGUGCGGUGCCCGUACUGCCCGGGGACGCAGGGGCGGUGCGCCGCCACGGCGGCGGGGCGGUGGGUGACAGAGUGCUGCUCGUGCGGGCGCGUGGUGGAGGAGCGCCAGGUCCACUCCCACCCCCUCUUUCUCCUCCGCGCCCUCGACAACCCCCUCGCUCUCGUCACCCCCGACCUCGUCCCUUCUCUUUCGACCACGAAACAAGAAGAAGAAGACGACGAUCCAUUCCACCCCACUGGCUUCAUCACCGCCUUCUCCACCUGGUCCCUCGAGCCCGCCCCCAUCUUCGCCCGCUCCACCUCGUCCUUCGCCGGACACCUCGCCGAGCUCGAGCGUGCCCUGGAUUGCUCCUCCUCCUCCUCUUCCGGCGACCCUUCUUGUGGCCCGCUCGUCUCCGUCGACCACCUCCGCGCUUACCUCCAGAUCCUGGACGUGGCGUCCCUCCUGAAGCUUGACCACGACAUCGCCGACCACGCUUUCCAGCUCUUCCGAGACUGCUCCUCCGCCACGUGCCUCCGCAACCGCAGCGUCGAGGCCCUCGCCACUGCCGCUCUCGUCCAGGCCAUCCGUGAGGCCCAGGAGCCCAGAACCCUCCAGGAAAUCUCUACUGCAAGCAACCUUCCUCAGAAGGAGAUUGGGAAGUACAUCAAAAUCCUUGGUGAAGCCCUGAAACUAAGCCAACCCAUUAACAGCAAUUCAAUAUCAGUUCACAUGCCUAGGUUUUGCAUACUCCUCCAGCUUAAUAAAUGUGCUCAGGAACUCGCUGCUCAUAUCGGAGAAGUCGUUGUCAAUAAAUGUUUUUGUACGCGUCGGAACCCAAUCAGCAUCUCUGCUGCUGCUAUCUACCUGGCAUGUCAGCUAGAAGACAAACGCAAGACUCAGGCGGAGAUCUGCAAAGUGAUGGGGCUCACAGAGGUAACUCUUCGUAAAGUCUACAAAGAGUUAUUGGAGAAUUGGGAUGAUCUGCUUCCACCCAAUUACAUUCCAGCUGUGCCUCCAGAGAAGGCUUUUCCUAUGACUGCCAUCUCCUCAGGUCGUUCUUCAACUCCCAAAGUCGAUGUGGUUGACUUGUUGCAUUUGAAUACAUAUCAGGAUAAAGAUAAGCACCCAGAAGUCAUAAAAGCAAGAAAAGCUUCUGCUGUUCUGGAGAUUGAUCCUCCAGUUAUUGUUAAGGAGGAGGUGGAGAAGAAGAGUAAUUCUCAUGGUCAUUCGCUUACACCAUUCGAUGUCCACGACUUAAAUCAAGCAGCAUUCUGGCAGCCACAGGCUCCAUUUGGCAUGCCUGUCUCAAAAGCAGAUGGAGAAAAAAAUCAGAAGGCUGAUAAAGGCAUGAAUGUCAGUGACACCAAGCCCCCCCUAUCUCAAUGUGAGCCACAAGUCCAUAGAGACUUGAAAAUAAGUAAUCCCGCUGUAUGGAUGGGUCAAACUCCAGCUAUCUCAUCUUCUAAAAAGUACUCGAAUCCGUGGCAGUUUAAUGCGCCAUCAGUUGUGGCAAGGUCUGCAUAUGCUCAGUUUGUAAAGGAACAGAUGGGCCUUCAUUUUCCAUCUGGCCAAGGGACUGGAAACCAGAGGAGGGCCGAGGAUGCUGAUGCCCGUGAUGAUAAGGACAUGCAAUAAACCCCCAAAGAACUUUUGCCAGCAUAUACUCAGAUCAGAUAUGCAAAACAUCUGAGAAUUUUAGCAGUUCUGUUAUAUGGUGAUCAUGUUAACAUUUAUACACAGGGCUGGAGGUGAAUGUAGCUCAGGCUUACCUAUAAUUGAAAACAAAUCUGUAUCUCAAAUUUAAUUCAAUCACUUUAGGUUUUAGCUGGUGUUCUUCUGGGGUGACAAUGUCUGGGUUCGUAGGUGUCUGUAUUUUUUUUAAGAAAAUUGACGAAGUUUUGCACCUUGUUCAUGCUUGUGUCCUGUAUAUGUCACAACGAUGAACUAGUACCAUGCACAUGUAGGGUAUAUAUUGCUAUGUACUGUGGAAUGCAAGCACCACGUUGUUAACCUUUUGUGACAGAAAUGCUGCAUAUCGGCACUCAUAUUUGUUA